CCUAUUAGUUUUCUUCCUCCAACGGAGCAGAAGCAGCAGCCAGAGGAAGCUCAGCUCGGCGAACAAAAAAUGCCGAAGCAGAUUCAUGAGAUCAAGGACUUUCUCCUCACAGCUAGGAGGAAGGAUGCCCGUUCUGUGAAGAUCAAGAGGAGCAAAGACGUGGUGAAGUUCAAGGUCCGGUGCUCCAAGUACCUCUACACCCUGUGCGUUUUCGACAACGAGAAGGCUGACAAGUUGAAGCAGUCUCUUCCCCCGGGUUUGAGCGUGCAAGACCUUUGAAGAAACUUUGGAUUGAAGGCACAUUUUUGUUGGGAGGUUUUGAUAGCUGUUUGUUACCACUCCAGCAAAAAUGUCGUUUUAAGUCUGGUUGUUUGUGGUUUUUGUUGGAUCUUCUAAAAUACAGGCGUGAUGGUGUAGCACUGUGUUGGUUUGUAGCAAAUAGCAUGAAUCCUACCCUAUAAUAUUGCAGGUUGAAGUAGUUUAUGAGUUUUUAAGCUCAAUUAUUCCAUUGUCCGGUCGAAAUUUUAUAUUCCCAGGAAGUUUGGUGUAUUUUAUGUGCUUGUGUCAACAGCUCUAAGUUGCCGUUUGGAUUUAGGAAAAAGCUGUUGAAAGACAAAAUACCGUUCCACAAGCCAAAGUAGUCUGUGAUUUUGCGCGCCAUUAUUCAACCCAACAUAGAAGUGGUAGGAAAGUACAACGUUUACAGCUGCGAAUCAUAGGUAGUAAUUCUUUUCCCUCAGCAUAGGAUUGUGUUUCAUCUCUCGCUCUUUGACUAUCAAGGCCACCUGAAAACAAAGAAAUGUAUGAUGGACAGUUGAAAAGAAAUAGUAAAAGAAAAAUACAAAGAAAUUUCGAGCAAGGCAUCUGAAUCGCACCCGAGCUCGGAGAGUUUCAAAUGAGCAUUCGCAUAAUCUUCAAAGAAAACAUCUUCGUCCUG